UUAACAUUUGUAGAAUUUAAAAAUAAAUUUACCAGUCACGUUCCAUCGGAUUAAACACUUAUAUAAAAGGAGAAAAUUAAUAAAAAGUCAAAAUCCAGGCUCACUGAAUAUUAUUCUGGCGUAAAAUAUGGAUUGGAUAGUUUGUUACCUGCUUUUAUUUUCCUUUAUAAGUGUCUGUGAUGGGUCAGGUGACAAUGGGGACUGCGUGUGUGAUGGUGAAACAGAGAAGCUUUGCACGUGCAAUGAUCACGAAGACGUUUACCAAGAAAGGGUUCUUGUGAUAGUGAUUGUAUCAAUAUUGGCGGUCGGUGUAGUAGCUAUUAUUGUGGGAUGCUGCGCGCGCAACAGGAAGUUAAAAAAUAAAAGGAUAAAGGAAGAUUUAGAAAAGUUAGAGUACGCCUACCAAAUUGAGGAGAAUUCACUUGAGUACGAGUUACCCCCAUCUGUAGUUGGGAUCCCGCAGAAUUACACAACUCUUCCAUACUUUCAUCCCGAGAUUCGAAAUUCUUCAAUUACUCCGCCACUGCCGUAUUCAAAUCUUUAAUAAUGAAGAGUACUUCAAGCUUAUAUGAAAACUGCUGCUGAUCAUUGCAUGAGAAAUAAACGGGUACCUGUAUCAAAGACGAAAUGCUAUAACUGCCACUUUCCUUUUAUGGCCAGGAAAAUAAAAAGAACCCAAGAAUGGCAUAAGAUGCACACGCUUUGCUUUAUUAGGCUUUCGAGACAUUCGCUACAGUUAACAUCAAUUAGACGUUUUGUGUUUAUUUAUAGUUGACAUAGAAAGGUCUGUCAUCUUUUCGUUUGGAAUAAUUCUCUACUUUUACCCCUGACGGAAUUCGAACAACUUAUCCAACACCGCUGUGGGUUCAGAUCCCAUCAGAGACGUCCGAUUUCUUUCAUGUGAGGAAGCUGCUAAGCUAGCCUACGGAACGUCAGUUGUUUUACUUAUGUGUUCACUCGUGCCUGAAAUUAUGCUCGGAGGUGCAGAUGAGGUCGUCUUCCAUCAGUAAAGCCACAAAGUCGCCAUAUGACAUUUACAGUUGCGAUGUGACCUAAAACCCAACCGAAAAAAAAAUCCAUUUACUACUGUUUAAAGCUGCAAAAGCUGAACUUUUACUGUUUGUCAUUGUGAAAGAUGACAUAGAUACAUUUUAGCAUGUUAAAACUCGGGGUUUUGUUAUUACUCGGGUUAGGGUGUUGUUUGUUGCUUUUUAAAAGAAUUUGGGGUUUUUUUGUUGUUUUUUUUACAUUGUUGUACCAUAAUGUAUCUUCAAUACUGAAGUUGUUCCCCUUUGAUA